CUUAUGGAUGACGAGGGAGUUUUUCGCAUUCCAGGCGCGCCAGUGGAUGCCGUCUUCAUCGAUCCGCCAGCCCUCCUCAGCUCUGGGUAUGUCGAUUUUGCCCUCGAAUCCAGCACGUAUUACGCACGGAAUGUGAGAAAUCACGAGCGUGAGCAGUGCAUUGGCGAGAAGAGAAAGAGGAAGAAGAAGAAAGCUGUUCUUAAUCCGAAGGAGGUUCUAGCUCAGCAGCGCCACCAGGAGGCAAGAGAGAUUCUGCUAGAGUCUCACAAGGCAUUUAUGUCCAAUGAACCCGCGCAAGCAAAGCUGAAAGAGAUGGUAAAACUCAAAACAAGCAAUGCAAAAGUGGAGGACAACAGUGAUUUUAUAGCUUUGUCUCAGACAUUUCAAGCUCCACUCUACGAUAUCACGCUUUCCUCACAAGGAAAAUGUGUCCCGCUCUUUAACAAUCUAGUGGAAGCUAGCUCCUCCGCGGAGGAAGUCGCUUCAAGCGCUGGCUCAGACUUCCUUCUUCCGAAAAACAGUCGGUUUCUCAUGACCGACUUCUCUGAAAUUCACCGGCUAAUUCCAGACUCACCAUCAACAGGUUAUAAUCUUAUCAUUAUUGAUCCUCCCUGGGAGAACAAGAGCGUCCACCGAAGAUCAAUUUAUCCAACUCUACCAAAUAAGUAUCUCUUGUCUCUUCCCCUGCAACAAUUGGUACACAGCAGCGGUGCUCUGAUAGGCUUAUGGAUAACAAACCGAGAAAAGCUUCACCAGUUUGUAGAGAAGGAGCUUUUUCCUGCAUGGAAACUAAUUCCAGUCGGCGUGUGGUACUGGCUCAAGAUAACUGACGCGGGAACGAUGGUUAGCGAACUGGAUUUAAACCAUCAUAAGCCAUACGAAUGUUUACUGGUGGCCAGUACUCUCAUGCAGGACCACAACGAUGUUCCUCACAGACGCGUCGCUAUUACUGUACCAGGCCAGCAUUCGCGGAAGCCCCCGCUUGGCGUACUUCUUGCAGAUUUUGCACCGAAACCGGUGAGAGCUUUGGAGCUGUUCGCGAGGGAAAUGAACGCAAACUGGACCUCGUGGGGAAACGAACCACUUCGUUUUCAAGGCAAAAGCUAUUUUGUCGAGCGAGUUCCUGAAGACUUGACUCUAUCUGGAAACGACACAGUAUGAUCUUUAGAAUUCUUGGUUCAUGAUUCUUGCCACUACAAUCCAGAUUGCAUAAUGACAUGAGCCAACUAUGUUCUGUGGA